AUGGCCUGGUUUGUCCUCCACCUCCUGAGCCUUCUCUGGGCUAUGGCUGGGACAAGUCCCCAGACCCAGAGGAACUCUUGUUCUGUCUCUGCAGCGCAGAAGCCCAUGGUGGAUGGCAUACAAGUGCUCAUGGAGAACUCAGUGACCUCAUCCUCCUACCCAAACCCCAGUGUCCUGAUUGCCAUGAACCUGGCUGGAGCCUACGACGUGGAGGCCCAGAAGCUCCUCACUUACGAGCUCAUGGCCAGCGACAUGGCUGACCUAACCAUUGGUCAACUCGCCCUCACCAUUAUGGCCCUCACCUCCUCCUGCCGAGAUCCUGGGAAUAGAGUAUCAAUUCUACUAAAACAAAUGGAGAACUGGGCACCUUCAAGCCCUAAUGCUGAAGCAUCAGCCUUCUACGGGCCUGGUCUGGCCAUCUUGGCACUGUGCCAGAAGAACUCCGAGGCCACCUUACCAAUAGCAGUUCGCUUUGCCAAGACCCUGCGAGCCAAUUCCUCUCCCUUCAACGUGGACACAGGAGCAGUGGCAACUUUGGCUCUGACCUGUAUGUACAACAAGCUCCCCAUAGGAUCAGAGGAAGCUUACAGAACCCUGUUUGGUCAGGUACUAAAGGAUAUCGUGGAGAAUCUCAGCAUAAGGAUCAAAACCAACGGCAUCAUCGGAGACAUCUACAGCACCGGCCUCGCCAUGCAGGCGCUCUCUGUAACACCUGAGCAACCUAACAAGGAGUGGAACUGCAAGAAGACGAUGGAUAUGGUACUUUAUGAGAUUAAACAGGGCAAAUUCCAUAAUCCCAUGUCCAUUGCCCAAAUCCUCCCUUCACUGAAAGGCAAGACGUACCUAGAUGUGCCCCAGGUGACUUGCAGCCCUGGUGAUGAUGUGCAACCAACUCUACCCAAUGAUCUUAGCCCUGUCCCCACGUCAGCAUCCAACAUCACUGUCAUAUAUACCAUAAAUAACCAGCUGAGGGGUGUAGAACUGCUUUUCAAUGUGACCAUGGAUGUCAGCGUGAAAAGUGGAUCGGUGCUGCUUGUUGUCCUAGAAGAAGCACAGCGCAGAAACCCCAUGUUCAAAUUUGAAACCACAAUGACAUCUUGGGGCCUUGUCAUCUCUUCUAUCAACAACAUUGCUGAAAAUGUCAAUCACAAGACAUACUGGCAGUUCCUUAGUGGCACAACACCUUUGAAUGAAGGGGUUGCCGACUAUGUACCCUUCAACCAUGAGCAUAUCACAGCCAACUUCACCCAGUACUAA